CAACUGGUUUGCAUCUCCUCACUCUGCUCAGAUUUUUGCUCCCACAACCCAUCCACCAUUAAAAUGGCUCCUCCCAUCGUCGGCCACCGCAUCCCUCUCACCCUCCAGCAGCUUGUAUCCCUACCGUCGCAUUUUCCAACUCACAACAACCUCGAUGAGUUCUUCGCGUCCCAAAGAUGCCUCCACCUCCUCGGACCGCCGCCCGCCUUACAAAGGAGUGCGCUGCCGCAGCAGCGGGAAAUGGGUUUCGGAGAUCCGCGAGCCCAAGAAGCCCACCAGGAUAUGGCUCGGGACCUUCCCAACUCCCGAGAUGGCGGCGGUCGCCUAUGACGUGGCUGCCCUAGCCCUCAAGGGCCGAGAAGCCGAGCUGAACUUCCCGAGCUGGGCGGCAUCACUGCCCAUCCCCGCCUCCUCCUCAUCCCACGACAUCCAGAUGGCCGCUGCCAGUGCCGCCGCUGCGGUUGGGGCGGCCGGGGAUGGCUUGCUUUGGAGCAGAGCGGGCGAGAGGAGUGGGAACCAUCGGGUGUUGGUGGAAGGGGAUGAUUCCGUGGUUGUUCCCGACGAUGGUUUUGUGGACGAGGAGAUGUUAUUUAACAUGCCCAAUGUCAUCGAAGACAUGGCAGAGGGGAUGCUUCUCAGCCCUCCUCAUUUGGGUGUUUCCAGGGACGACGGUGGCUCCGAGGGCGGCGGUUCUCACAACCUGUGGAGGUUCCCUUAAUUUAUAUCAAAAUAAUAGUAAUAAUAAAUGACUUCAUUAUCUAUGCUUUUCCAUGGAAAAUUUGGUCAGUUCAGGAGUAAUAUUGAUAGGGUGACAAGUCAUUCUAUUGGUAUUGCCUGUAGAUGCUAAUUUUUCCACGGAAAACAUAUUAAUAAUGAAGAAAAACCAGUUAAUUAUCUCCACAUAAAACAAAAAUAUAGCUAAAUCCUCAUAACGAUAAGAGUAAUGGAAGCAAAAUGAAGAGAGUGGCUCUUUUUAGUAACUUUAACUUCUUUAUAUUUUGAAAUGUUGUGGGAAAAUGGGGAAUUGCUGCAAUGUAAAUAUAAGUUCCUUAUAUAAAUAUUUAUUUUGCAUGUGUUACUAUGUAAUUGUGAUUGAUG